AUGUUCUCAAGAGCUAUCAGAUCAGCAUUCACCUCAUACACUCCAUCAAUGAUGGCCAGAACCUCUGCCCAAACCACAUUCAGAUACUACUCUGCUGGUGGUGCUCUCUCUGAAGGCGAAGUCUCUGAACGUGUCUUGGACGUUGUCUCAAAGUACGACAAGUGUGUUGGCAAGAAGGUCACCCCAGCCUCCACCUUUUCCGAACUCGGUCUCGACUCUUUAGACUCUGCUGAUGUCCUCGUUGCCAUCGAAGAAGAAUUCAAUAUCGAAAUCCCAGAUGAUGAAGCCGACAAGAUCAACUCUUGCAAGGAAACUAUCUCUUACAUUAGAAGAACCCCAACCGCCAAAUAA